CGCGCGCUGUGAUGCGAGCGGCCGGGCGCGGCGCGGGAUGAGCUCUGCGCGCGGGGAGGCGGACGGCCCCUCGGGCCCGCCCCGCCGCCCGUCCCCCGCCCCGCCGCCGCCCGGCAUGGAGCCGCCCAGCGCCAAGGAGCCGCCGGGGGAGCCGCCGCCCGCCUCCCCCCAGGCCCCGGGGGGGGCGGCCGCGGGCGGCGGCCUGUUCGGGUGGCUGCGGGGCCGCUGCCUGGGCCGGGGGCUCUUCGUGGACCCGGCCCGCGACAAUUUCCGGGCCAUGACCGGGCUGUACAGCUCCAUCCAGCCCGCCGACUCCGUGUACCUCAGCACCCGCACGCACGGCGCCGUCUUCAACCUGGAGUACUCGCCGGACGGGUCAGUGCUGACUGUUGCUUGUGAACAGACUGAGGUCCUGCUUUUUGACCCCAUAUCUUCAAAGCACAUCAAAACUCUCUCUGAAGCUCAUGAGGACUGUGUGAAUAAUAUCAGGUUUCUAGAUAAUCGACUGUUUGCAACUUGCUCUGAUGACACUACGAUAGCACUUUGGGAUCUGAGAAAGCUAAACACAAAAGUGUGCACUUUACAUGGUCACACCAGCUGGGUGAAGAACAUUGAAUAUGACACCAAUACCAGACUACUAGUAACAUCAGGGUUUGAUGGUAAUGUGAUCAUUUGGGACACCAACAGGUGCACUGAAGAAGGAUGUCCUCACAAGAAGUUUUUUCACACCCGUUUUCUCAUGCGGAUGAGACUGACACCAGACUGUUCAAAAAUGUUGAUCUCCACCUCCUCUGGGUAUCUUCUGAUUUUGCAUGACCUUGAUUUAACCAAGUCCUUAGAGGUUGGCAGCUAUCCAAUAUUAAGAGCCAGAAGAACUGCAUCAAGUUCAGACACGACAGCUACCAGUUCAUCUGGUCCUAGAGCUGUGGGUUCACCAUGUCACCAGAAUGAUUCCGGUCCGUUGUCUGAGAAACAUAUGUCGCGACCCUCCCAACGAGAAGGUGGAUCUCCACGAAAUAGCCUUGAGGUUUUAACACCAGAAGUUCCUGGAGAAAGGGACCGUGGUAAUUGCAUUACAUCGCUGCAGCUCCAUCCCAAAGGAUGGGCUACUCUUCUUCGGUGCUCAAGUAAUACAGAUGACCAGGAGUGGACCUGUGUGUACGAAUUCCAAGAAGGAGCCCCAGUGCGCCCCGUCUCACCUCGUUGUUCUCUCCGAUUGACUCACUGCAUCGAAGAAGCCAAUGUAGGCCGGGGUUACAUCAAAGAACUUUGUUUCAGCCCUGAUGGUCGAAUGAUUUCCUCCCCACAUGGCUACGGGAUCCGCUUGUUGGGAUUUGACACGCAGUGCAGUGAACUUGUCGACUGUUUGCCCAAAGAAGCCGGUCCCUUGCAGGAAAUUCGCUCUCUGUAUUCACACAACGAUGUGGUACUGACGACCAAGUUUUCUCCAACACAUUGUCAGAUUGCCUCAGGGUGCCUUAGUGGACGUGUUUCUUUGUAUCAGCCAAAGUUCUAGGCACAUCUUGCAUCAACAGGAACUUCACGGAUGUUUGUUUUUAUAAUUACUUCAGUUUGGUUGAAGUGUGUUCUUUUAACAAAAAUCUUGUAAAUGUGGACAAGAUCAUAAUUACUAUGGUCUGUGAACAUAGCGAUGAAAUGAGUACUCAGUCCAGCACUGUGUGUGUUCUGACACUACAAGUCAGGCUCUGUGCAUUCUGUUUUCAGCCUUCCAUGCAAACCUUUGCUUCUGAUGAUCCAGUGCCACUGAUUUCCAGGCUUUCUGGUUUCACAGUAGCACUUGUUGGUCUUUCAGCAUGACUUAGGGUGGACUAUCCGCAAGAUGUCUGGCUAGGGCUGAGGGAAUUGUUACACCAAACAAUGCCCACACAUUUCCUGCUGGUACGAUCUUUCCUUGCCACAAAGGAGCUGGACUUCCUGACAUCCUCUCACUUGGCCUCCUAUUGCUGUAACUUUUCUCUACAACAGUUAGGUAAUGGAGCUGUUCUCCUGCACACUAGAUUAGUUUAGCCACAAAGAAGAGAAACACUUUCCUUUCACAAUAUAAUGAUUGACUAGAAAAAUGUUUUCACCUUUCUGUAAUGUUUUGCUAUAGUUAAAUCUCUUAGCUUGUUUUCCUUAAUGUGCAUAUAUUGUGUUUUAUUAUAAGAUGGUAGAAGGUCAGGGUGGAGAUGCAUUUCCUCCGUGAAUUCAGUAGGAAGACAUUGCCAUAUUGAGCAGGGAAGCCAGAGUUGAUCAUGGCAAAGUUGUUGUUUGGAAUGUUUUGACAUAAAAUGACAAGUUAAAAAUGCCCCCGGCGGAGUAAGUUGUGCCCCAGACACUAAGGUUUCUAAUUGCUGCCCUUGUUGUAGGAAGCUUUCCACAUUAAUAAAAAAUCGUAAUCACAUUUUGUUUUGAAACGUAAGAAAUGCUGCACUCUAAGUUUCCCUUUGUGUUACCAAGGCUGAGCUGCAUAAUAAAAUACCCUUUUGUAACAUGCCCAGAUCUUAGCCACCACCUUUGCAAAAGAAUUAGCCUGCAGAGAGUCUGUUGUCAUUCUGCCAAACGAAGCAGCCCUUCAGAUUCCACAGUCAGUCUGGAACAGAGCACAGUAUAUACAGGCUAAAUAUAUAAUUAUCUGGAUUCAACUGGAUUUUUCAGCAGCAAGAAUACAGGGAUAUAAUUACUCAGUUUCACUUAUCCUCAGUGCUGUUUACCCUUCUGAACAUACAGUUGCUUCACUAGUAAUCACAAGAACAUAAUGUUCUGGAUAUCAUUUUUAUCUGCAGAAAAAAAGAUUGUCCUCUAGUGGCUCAAAACCCAACAGUGUGCAAGUGGAUGUAGGUAUAAUUUCAUAGUAUGGGUAGAAAGCAAAUGAAUUUAAUCAUAUUUAAAAUUUGGAAUUCCUAUUGCAUGAAACUAGGAACUAAACUUCUCAAGACUUGACAAGUGCACAGACUAUCCUUAAGGAGGAGAUGAACGUGGCUUCCUCCUAGUCCCCUUCUGGAGGCAGCAAACCUUUCUACAUGCUCUUAGUAGGGACACUUGCUCAGCUACAUUACUAACUAGGUUAAAAAGCUUUUUUAAAACCCACAGUCAGUUUAAAUAUACAGGAAUGAGACUUUACACUAGAAAUUGCCAGUAAAAGACUUCCUAACCUAAAUUGUACUUAGCUUAUCCGUGAGGCUUUAGUAAAUGAAACGCUCCUGGGGACUUGUCCUGAUUUGGACCCAGUGAAAUGGGAGAAUUUUGCCUGAAAGAAUUUAGAUUUUAGUCCGCAGUGGUAUCUGAAGGGAUUUUAAACAAAAUAUACUUUAAUGUAGAUUGACUCUUGAACAAAAAACAGUCUGCAGAAGGCACUACAGGUCCAGGGUGGAAAAUUAAAUGCUGAUUAGGUCCAGUAGAUGAAGAUCUGGAAUCCUGCCAAUGGACUGGAUCACUCCAUGAGUCAUGCCCUGUGUGUGUGUGUACCAGAAUGGAUCAGUGGAACUCGCUUUGAGUGGCUGGUGCCUCAUGGGAAAGCUUUGGAGAAAUUGAUUUAGGAACCCGGCUGCUUUUUGCUACUGAGGGUAUUUGCAUGAAGAUUGGAUUGUUGUUGCUUCUGGAGGAAGGUUAAUCUACUCCUGUGUCAUCUCCUGUUUUGAAAUUAUAUUUAACUCCAUAGCAACUAAUUGUUUGAGGAUUGAGUUCAAGUGACGGAACGUGCAGCAAUUGAGAAACGAAAUUCCCUAUUUCCACACACAAUAAGCCGGAGUUGUUGAAUCCUUCCCUACCCACCCCCAUUUCUCCUGUAUUAAAUGAACUCUCUGUAUAACAGCCUUGCGUUUUGAGGAGGCAGUGGCUCUUAACCUAGUCAUACUUUUAUGUUUAAUGGAGCAAAGUAUAGGGCUAUCCCUUCGUCGUCUUACAGCAACUGAUGUACACAGGUACUUAUGCCCAAAAUGAAAGGACAUGCCUUAGAUUCAGUAUGUUGAAGUGAAAACUGGGUACUACAUGAGCUCUUUUUUUUAUCAUUGGCGCUACCACCAGGAGCUCAGAAUAGCAGUGAUGGGAGAUGUACAAGUAAGUGAUCAAAUUAUGUAUUCUCUUGGCAUUAAAAGCUUGUUUUAAAACAAAUAUACUAGACUGUGGGAGCAAAAUCAUUCACUUUGACACCACUCAGAAGAAUAUGCAUUAGAAAUAAACCAUUUUCAGCAUAAAGCAGAAUGAUCAAGUCAAAUAAGUUUACUUGUUUUUUCUCAAAGAAAAAUAAAGGGGAUUGAGUGGCUGUAGUGGGACGCAUGCUCCUACAUGCCAGUUUUACUCAUCCUAUAAAAUGACUUGUCCAAAAUACAAAUUAUUGAAAUGAAAAAUCCCUUCAGUCUUCACCUGCCUUUGUUAUGUAUCUAUUUUGUACUGUUCAAUAGUCUGAAAAUUUAAUUCUCAGUCAAUCUGGAUUUGUUGAAUGAGGGUAGGUCUGCUUUCAAGGUAUUUUCCUUCUUUAUGAUGUAAGGGACUACAAAUUACAUUAAAUACCCAAUGUACUACUCUGCAUGACCAGGAUGCAAGCUUCUGAUCCGCAAAGUAGUUAAGCUCCUGUGGAGAAUGUCUCUCUAAUUUGGAAACAGUUUUUAGAUUAGGCUUUAUAUUUAAAAAAACAGUUUACAGAGGAACAGGAAUCUGCUGUUAUCUGUGUUUGGGUGGCAGAACUCCUAGAUAUAAAUUGUGCUCUUGAAAUGAACUGUAGUGGAAGAUUUACAGCUCACAGACCAAAGGAUGGCAAAUCGGGUUAAGUUUGUGUAGCCUUUUAGUACUAAGUUAAUUUUAAAAACCAGAAUGAAGAGUAUUUUCUCAGCCAGCAUGCACAUAUGCAACUAUCAUACCCAUUAAGAAUAAUAUAUCCCUACAGAAUUAUGUAGGACCCUAAUUCUCCAGCUUUUCUUUCUGUGGACCACAUGAUAAGGAAAAGUUCUUCCCAGGGACCAUCUCGUCUCAGAAUACCCCAGUCUGCUACUCCUUGGCUUGCUAAAUGAUUUGCUGAAAAGAUCAACGGUCAAUCCUUUCGAAUUGCUCUAAAGUACUGUCUGCCCAGGUGUAUUGAUUCGAAAUGCAGAAAAGCACCCUGACGUAAUUGCAGCUUUUUGUAAUUUCUAUUAAGACUAUCGGAAUUCCUUGAAAUGAAAUGCUCAUUUUGCAUUUUUUUU